AAAAGUUUGAAUGUUGAAAAGGCUCAACUUUUCAAGUUCAAUGUUUACCUGCCGCUUCGACCUUCAGUGCACUUGACACAUUUCCUUAUUAAUAAAUCGUAGUCCAUAUCAGUUAAAAUCUUUCCAGAAGGUUAGCUUUGAUGGCGGCACCCGUGUUAACUAAGGAGGCUGCUGAGAAGACCGCGCGAUCUAUCUUCGUAGGCAACAUACCGUAUGAAGCGACUGAGGAAAAGCUUAUCGAACUAUUUAGCAAGGCUGGUCCUGUAAUCGGUUUUCGUUUGGUAUAUGAUAGAGAAUCUGGGAAACCCAAAGGCUAUGGAUUUUGUGAAUACAAUAACCCAGCUAUUGCUGCGAGUGCUUUGCGGAAUCUUCAAAAUAUUGAAUUCAAUGGCCGUCCGCUGCGUAUCGGACCAGCUGCUGGCGAACAAAAUUCUGCUGAACUGGCUCUAAGUAACCCAUCCGUCGGCCCGCCACUUGAAAGCCCAUAUGGAGAUAAUAUUGAUCCACAAGCUGCACCAGAAGCUAUUAGUCGAGCAGUUGCUAGCUUACCACCUGAACAAAUGUAUGAACUAAUGAAGCAGAUGAAACUUUGUAUACAAAACAAUCCUAAUGAAGCACGUAAUAUGUUACUCCAAAAUCCUCAACUGGCAUAUGCUUUACUGCAGGCUCAAAUCGUUAUGAAGAUUGUCGAUCCCAAAGUGGCUAUCGCUAUGCUAAAUCGCAGUCAUGACCAAAUCCCUCCUGCUAUGCCGGAUGAAGAUACGUCUAUGCGAGCACCAGUUAUGGCUUUUCCUGGUCAUAUCAAUCAGACAACACCUGUGGGUCCUAAUGCUUCAGGAAAUCAUAUGAUGCCUAUGUCUUCACCUGGGUCUCACUUGCCCCCCUCCGGCUUUCCACAUCACGGUGGACCUGGACCCGUUCCACAUCCAAACCAUUUCAGUGUUGAACAAGUUCCACAAAGAAGUCAAGCUCCUCAAGGAAUGCAACAGAAGUUUUAUCCAAAUAAUAUGCCACCUAAUGGGUUUCCUCCUAAUUCUGUUGCUCCACCAUCCCAGCCGCCUUAUGACUAUCCGUCAGGUCAAGCACAGCCACCUACUAUGUCAGGACAACAACCACAUUUCAAUCCCAAUGGACCUCCAAAUAUGGCUGUCCGACCUCAAAGACCACCCGCCGCUCAGAUUACCCCUGCAAUUGCUGCAGCGGCAGCUGCCAGUAUGGGUCCUAAUAGUUUACUAGCAGGGCAAGGUGAACAAGAAAAAGUCACACUUAUUAUGCAGGUUCUUCAGCUAUCAGAUGAACAACUUGCUCUCUUGCCAGAGGAUCAACGACGCAGCAUUAUGAUUUUAAAAGAACAACUGGGCAAAACAGGAGCAAUUUAAUCCCUUAUAUACUCUCUGAACAAUGCAUUACACUCAACGCGACUGAUAACAAGAAUGACUUGGAAACAAAAUGUAUCCUGUAAUAGUUUUGGACGUAAAAACAAUCGAUUUUAUACGGAGAUCAAAUACGUUUUUAGCAACUUUUGGAUUUGUUGCGAAGCGUCGUUUGCAUAUGAGUUAGUCAGAGUGUUUAGAUUAUUCUAAACAUGGAUAUUGGAUGGUUAAAGAUUUAUCUUUUUAACAAAGCAAUGAUUGGUUCAUGAUUCCAAUGGAAUUUUUAACAAAACUCGUACAUAUUGAUUUUACAAUAACGGAAAAUUUGUCAGUUCCUUGAAUAUCUCCACUAUUAACUCAAGACUUUGUAUUUCCCUCUUUGUUGGCUCAAGAUAAACCCGUAUACUUCUAAACCUUAGUCAGUUGCGUUACUCUAUCAAUAUAUCUUUUUUAAAAAGAAACGAUAUUGUAUGAUAUAUUAUUUAAAAUUAAAACUAUUAACAUGAAAUUUAGUUUACUUACCGUCAAAACAUGAAAAUGAUGAC